AUGUCGCUGAAGCGCUACCCCGAGGAGGUCCGCCGCUUUGAGUCCUGGCGCGAGCGCCCUGGCGAGGACUCCCGGGGCAGGGACGCCGCCCGCCUGGAGGUCUUCCGCCCCUGCGGCCACUCCUUCACGCAGGACCGAGAUGGGCAAGGUCAUCGAGGUGCGGUACUACCUGCCCGGCCAGACCGCGACCGUGGAGGGGGCGGUGGACGCUGGCCAGAUGUUCCUCGUGAAGGGCGGGACCACGAUGGUGGAGGUUGGCGGGAGGCGGGUGCAGGAGCUCGGCGCCGGGUCGAUCUUCGGGGAGUACGCCAUGCUCGGCUUGACGAGGAGAGGAGGGCGGCCACGGUGAGGGCGACGACGCUGUGCGUGACGAUGGAGAUCCCUCGCGUGGGCUUCCUCGCGGCCCUGGACAGGCAUCCAGGCGAGCGGCAGCACUUCGAGAAGCUGGCGACGCAGAAGGGCAACGUCGGGGUGCAGACGUGGCCGAUCUUCGAGGGCAUGCCCCGGCACCUGCUGUACCUGGUCAACCUGUACGCGGAGAGCGGCGGAUCACCCAGCUCAGGGAGUGGACGUCGUUCGGUGGUCAGAGCUUGCGAAGGGACGCCGCGGUUCUGGUGCUGCAGGGCACGAUCACCGCCGAGGCAGAGGGUGGGACCUGCGUCUACACGGACGGGGACUGCUUCAACGAGCAGGUGCUGA